GGGGUUGGCAGUCGUAAAUAGGGCGAGUUUUGAAUUCUUGCUGCUUUCGCAAGAAGUUUUGCGGUUUGUGAAAAUUGUGUCAGCUUUUGGAACCCGAAGCAGUCUGUUCAAGUGGAUUCGCAUGAGUGCGAAUUGUGUUUUAGUUGACAACCUGAAAAAGCGUUUCUUAUGGAUGAAAUGUUGUUAGUCGUAAUUGGGAAGGAUGGAUAUUCGCAACUCGUUAUGUGUGAUUAUGGUGUAUAAAAGGAAGUAAUUUUGAUGGAUGGUGGGAGUUUGCUUUGCAAAAUCUCUUCUCGCCGAUGGCAAUGUCGCGUUUCUUGUGAGCGGGAGAAUUCGACACCGAUCAGCUGCAGCUUUGGAUUCGAUUGUAGGUUGAGCGUGUAGUUGUGAAACUUGGUCCGUGCCACCGCCACUGGGGUGUGUGAGGUGUUGGUCGGCUCACGUGAGUGCAGUACUAGAACGAGGAUAUUCGUGUUUUUGAGAAUCCUCGCAGAAGAAAAAAAACCCCGUCGAAUCGGGCACGGAGUGUGUCCUGCUUUGGAGCCGUACGAAUCGUCAGACAGUCGUGCUGCUCGAGCCGUGCGAGUCGUGUUUUAUACUGACCGGUGGUGGGUCGCCUGUAGCGGUGUUUAAAACUCGUGCUCCGGAAGCUGAACUUUUUCGAUCCUGGGGGCAAGUUUUCCGGCCACUUAGGAUUUGUGAUGGACGGUGUCCACACCGUGAACUAAGUUUCGGUGCGGUGGCCUAGAUUUGUGUGCUCGGAUGGUUGGCCUUCCAAGGGCGACAAUCGGACCGAUGUCCCUUUACAAUCGUUGUGUAUUUCCGUAGGAGAGGAGAUUCCACGUAAUGUUAUGACCAAUGGUCGGAAAUCGAGCAAACAUGGAUUAGUUGUGCUCUAGUGAAACUUGUGAGCGUUCUUCUGUGAACCAGUGUUUCAUGUGGAAAAAAGGGAGGAAAAUUGUGGCAAAAAAACAAAGUUUUUGAUUUUGUCACAAGUGUAGAUCUAAUUGAGGAGACAUAGGCAAAUUUUAAAACGGUUGGAUAUUUGCUGCACUUUUCAGGAGAUAUUGAAGCAGAUGGGAUAUAUGUUGAUAAUAUUGCACAAAAAAACCAUACGAGUGAUUGGUGGUAAAGUAAUAUGGUGCUGAAAAUGGAAAUUGUUUCCCGAUGAGUGUUCCUGUACAAGUUUUGAAGAGAUUUCCAGUGUUUGAAUAUAAAUCAAAUCAAAGUCAUUACAGAAUAAUUGAUUGAUUACGGUUGGGAUAAAAUAGUGAUGUGUACCAAAACCUUCUUUCCAUUCCAUAAAAGCUUGUGACUUGAAGUAUUACGCCCAACAACUAUGUGGUCUUUCCUUGGAAGAUAAUAAUAGGUUGAUUAAAAGCAAACACUUGCCGCUAAUCAUGUACAAACAGUGAAGUAUCCCUCAGUGAUUCAUUUUCCCAUUGUAAGUUCAGCACGCGAUCGAAAUACUUAUAAGAUGAGCUGUGUCCCCUGUCGACGAUAACUGCGCUUCUAAGUAUAACCCAUCACGGUGUGUGCUCCGAAACCAUUUACCAAGCUCGAUUCUUCGGAAUGAAAACAGAGAGAAAAAAAAGUAAUCUCCUAACUAGCAGAUAACACAAGGUGAAUUAUUAAUGUCCCCGGUGUGUUCCGUUGGAGCUGCAUCAACGCCGUCAUCAUUGAAGCGAAGCAUCCUAUUAAUCAUAAAAUCAUUGGUCCACGGUGGGUCGUUUGCAAGCAGCCCCCCGAUGUGGAUGUGCAUUCCAAAAAUACCCAACUAUAGCAGUGCAAAACAGACCCCGUUUUGGUGACGCCAUUGGAAAAAAAAUCCAGUAUUUUUGUGUCAGCGCCAAAAAUUUAUGUGCAUCAAAUAUUCACCGCCUACAUCGCCCGCCCGCGCUGCGACAUUCGCCCUCGCGACACCGGAAGGGGCAAAUCGACCCAACUCAGUCGGUGAUCGAUUUCCGUUGGUACUAGGUGUGAAAAAUUCGAAUUUAAAAUUUGUGUGAGUGGUUUUGGGUGCAUUUGCGCUUAGUGUCCCGAAAAGCUACAACAACGAAAGUGAUCGGAAAACGAGGGAAAACGGAGGCGGGCCACGUCAGCAUAGUAAAACGCCAUAAAUUGUGAUUUGGAAGGCUGGUUUCCGCGCGCCACACAUUAACCAUCCCCGUUCGUUAUUUUGCACAACAGAUCACAAACUGCUGAUUUGUUUGUUUGCCUUUGGGGGGUGAAAAAAAAAGUAUUUGUGCUGCGUGGGUGGUGCAUGUUUUUUUUCUUCCCUCUCAAUCGCUUCUGUGCGGUGUGUCUAUAAAACAGCAAUAACUGUUGCAAUUCAGCCUGUGUUGGCUGUGGGAAACUCCCGGAGACCCGUCGGGCAUCGAUCUGUGGAAUAUCAAUCAAAAGCAGAAGAACCAGAGCUCGCGCGGAAGCUUCACUGACGAAACGCCCAGAUUGUCAUGCAAGCAUCGUCUCGAAAGAAAGCAUCCAGAAAGUUGCCAAUGCUGGACGAGUGCGAUGGACAAGGCAUGUUGCAAGAUUGUCGGACAGCAGCCCUGCAAAAAUGGUGUUCGCAUCGAAUCCGGUAGGAACAAAAAGAAGAGGAGCCCAGCGAGCGAGGUGGUUGAACCAGGUGGCACAGGAAACCAGGUGGCUAGAAUCGGUGCAGCCGAAAGUUGGAGAACUGCAGCCAUGGAUCGGGUUUAUUGGCGAAAAGUUGUAAAUCAGAUCUAAUCUCAAUGGGAUGUAGAUCCGGGCCCGAAGAAGACAACUCAAUGUUCCGGUGAGAGAUGUAUUGGCUCGAAACCGGAGCCUGUAGCAGAUCAACGGCCUGCCGGUGUGGGGCGAGGUGAGGCGUAAGAAAACAUCCGGACAAAACUUCGAUUCUACUUCGCUGAGGUGGACAGCACCAACGGACGUCAAGCAUGUUUGUACCUUCCGGGACAAGUAAUAUGUUUCCACCAUCGGGGUGGAAUAAUAGUAAUGUAAUAACAGGGAGCCUCAAUUGAAUUCGGGUGUGACAAAGACGAAUGUUUGGACUGUUGCUUGUACCCGGAAAAGCAGGUUGUUAGGAAUAAACAAUGUGAGAAUAAUCUCGUCAUCAAAGCUAGUUGUGUUAAUCCCUGGAAAAAUCUCAUUUCCCUUGGCGAACAGAUGUUCUGACGGUAGGAGCAGUGUGUGUGGCAUUUACUGAGGGAAAAAUUGUCCCUGAAAACCAUUAUGUAGGAGCAAAUGGACGCCCCACCGUCAGGCGAAAUUUGUUUUGCCCCUCCUGUAGUGUUAAGUGCGACAAAGAGAGGUGAGAUACCUUACAUAACGAAACACAAGCUGUGAAGUGAACCGGAGUGGGUGAGCCAGCAUCGUGCAGCAUCAGACUCAUCGCAGUGCUGUGAGCGAACAAAUUUAAAUACAAAAUGAAGAAUCGAAUACGGCUGACUCUGGACAUCUGGGUGCUCGUCGUCCAUGUUAUAGAUAUCACCAGUUGUGGCAUCCAGCAAAAUCAUCCAAUCGAUGGCCAUAAAUCACUUCCACUGGAGACCAGCACAUUCCAACUGAGUGCGUACGUAGCGGCGGCUUCGACCUCCACGGCAGGUGGUGGCCAUCAGCAGCAACAGCUCCAACAGCUCCAGCAUGCCGGUGUUCCCCAGUCAACCGGUGUUGGCAUCGGUUCCGUAACCAAAUGGGAGGAACCAUAUUUCGACGACACAACGCCACGCAACGUGACCGCCCUGGUCGGCAAGUCGGCGUAUCUCAGCUGUCGGGUGAAGAACCUGGGCAAUAAAACGGUGUCCUGGAUACGGCAUCGUGACAUCCACAUCCUGACCGUCGGAAGCUACACGUACACCUCGGACCAGCGCUUCCAGGCGACGCAUCACAAAAACACCGACGACUGGACGCUGCAGAUCAAGUGGGCCCAGAAGCGGGACGCGGGCAUCUACGAGUGCCAAAUAUCAACGCAACCGGUGCGCAGCUAUUUCGUCACGCUCAAAGUUGUCGUUCCUACGGCAACCAUUAUUGGCGGACCGGAUCUCCACGUCGACAAGGGUAGCACCAUCAAUCUGACCUGUGCCGUGAAGUACAGCCCCGAACCACCGGCGUACAUUUUCUGGUACCACCAUGACGAGGUCAUCAGUUACGACUCGAGCCGCGGUGGCGUUUCGGUAAUCACCGAGAAGGGUGAUGUGACGACGUCCCAUCUGCUGAUCCAAAACGCGGACCUGGACGACUCGGGCAAAUACAGUUGCUCACCCUCGAACGCCGAUGUGGCCAGCGUGCGGGUGCACGUGCUGAACGUUCGGGCGGUUCUUUCAGGUGAACAUCCGGAGGCGAUGCAAACCGGAGCCGCUACCAAUCUGGGAAGCCGUGAGCCACGCUUUCUGCUGGUGGCCGCUCUUGGCACCGUUCUCGCCGGUUGGUUGCUUCUGGUCCGAUGGCAGACGCUAUCACUUUCGAACUGGUUUUGGCGACAAUUGGCUGCGAACGGAACCACGACAAGUGGUGAGCGAAAGUCCCCCAGCAGUCAUUUGUCCCGGAGCACGUCCUGCUCGCGAUUCCGACAACGAAAACAACAACAGCAUCAACAACUCCUGGCGCAACGGAUCGUCGAAGGUGAGACCAAGCGGUUUGUCACGGCCGGUGGCGAUGCCAUCGAUUGCUGUUGUCCGACUGCUCUCCGGUGGAGUGGGAGAUGAUAAACCAUCGCCAGUGGAAGUUGCAUCCAUCCAGACAACACCUCACUAUAACCCACACCACACCCCCACCAGGACAUAGCGAAUGCAGCGAAAUCAGCCGAUAGAGUCUAUCCUUCAAAUAAAAAAAAACAGAACUAUAGAAGUUGGACGAUGAGAACGAAGAGUAAAUGAAGAAAAAAUAUGUGCUGAAAAGCACACCAUAAUUUUACAGCUGGGGAACGUAUUUGCAAAUUGAAUGAAUUUUCAUCCACGCUCAGCUGAUCGUAUCGACAUUGGAAACAACAAAAAAAACAAACGUUGUUUUCUGUUUGUGUUUCGGUUGCCUUUUCCCCAUCCUGGAAUGGUAUCCGGCUAAAUGGUUUACGUGGGAGAUACGAAACAAUCCCCAGGGAUUAUUGCGAACGACGCGAAGAAGUGCUUUUCCGAGUGCUAGAAAUGUGAGAAUUUACAAGGUAUGCAAUGGAGUGAGAAUGGGGAGUGUUCAAAAUGGAUUCUGCGAAUCUCACCGAUGGGUUCCUUGCUGGUGCGAGGCAAGCGUCCGGGCUACAAUAAUGGACUUUUUAGGAAAUUAUGGUACCUGUAUCUAAUUAACUGUAGAAUGGAGUAGGAGGAAAGAUUGAAGGGAUUUUAAUUUUUUCAAUCGAUUAAUUACAUUUUUUUUUUCUUUUUGUGUUAAAGUAUAUUUCACAAACUGCGGUAAGUUGAAGUAUGUAGAUUGAAUGAUUUCAUUUCGCGUGAAUGUUGGUGAUGUCAAUUGAACUUCGAGAUCAUGUAAUUUGAAGCUGCCUGAUUUGAAGUUGAGUUGGAAUAUCGGAAUACAUUUAAAAAAAUGUGAUGGAAAAAAUAUACAAAGUUAAAAUAAUGGUACAUGUGAAAUUAGUUUCGAAUUAAUACGAGAUCUUCGUAUUAUUGCGAAUCUAUUGUGACAACAUUCUGGGUCGUUAUGUCUACGAAUCAAGGAUGCCAUAUGAUUCUCUCAAAUGUUUCCACAGUGAAAAUGAAUAAUUCAUGACUCAAACAAUGUUUGUCGAUUUAAGAAAACUGGAGAACAUCAAGUUUCUCGUAAUUAUGUUGGAAGAUCUACGGCUGAAUUAUGGCUCUCGGUUGGUCCCAAGGGACAGAACAAAGAAAAUAUCUGAUUUUUUAAGGAUAUCAACACUUUCUACUAAAAAGUUGAUUUUCGAAUAUCGUUUCACUCUGAAACAAUAUCCGAAAUUAUAGCAAGCGAAUUAAAUCAAACAAUUUCGCAGUUCUACGUCAACAAUGCGAUCGUCUUGAACACAACCCUCUAAUAUUGUUUUCAUUGUCUAAUCCAUUCAACUUAAUAUCAAUGUUGAGUUAAAUUUAAAUUAAAUUAAUUAAAUUUUAUUUCAAUGAAAUUAUUUGAUUCUUUUUUUUGUUUUGUUGUUUCUGUUUUAUUUAACAAAAACAAACAAGUUUUGGAAAGUAAGAGUAACCGAAACCAGUCCUAGAACUCAUUGGAGCGAGAAAAUCUAAUAUCAUCGAGCACCAUUCCAUAGUAACGAAUCAGAAUCAAUCCCAAAGUCAAGUCAAGCCAUUCAACCUUCCAGAAGAUAGGAAGUAGAAAACGUGGUUUGGUCUUACCUACUUUGACCUAACAAGCUUGCGGGUCAGCAAGCAUGCUUAGAUCUUGAAGACCCUGACGUGGAGGUAUUCUGGUUAGUUAUAAAUCGAAUGCAAAACUAGUAAAUUCGCAAAGAAAUGAUGACAACCACAGAACCACAGAAAUCAAAAAAAAAUAUUGAGUGUGAUUUUCGACCGUAGAAUGAAAGUGAUUCAAUCAAGAAAAUGGUGGGAUGUACGAAAAGGCUGUUUUUUACAAACGAAGGCGAUGAUGGUGGUUGAUUAAUUCAUAUACCACAUUGUCAUUACUAAAACCGACUUGAAUGCCGAACCUACAGAAAAUAUACAAGGAUGAAACAUGACAAGGAACAUACAAAAAAAAAACCGGAUGUUUUUGUUUGCAAGUUUGUAUGAGAUAUGCUAUAAUGGUGAAGAUGAAAAAUUAUAUAACUUAGAUAAUUUAAAACAAAUUUUUAGUGUAAGUUUACUUUUAAGAGCAAAAUUGUUUUGCCGAAUACGAUCAAUCUAGGAUAUAUUUCGUGUAAGAUCAGUGUACAUUCCUUUUUGAGUAUCCAAAAUAACAUGAUAUGUAAUAAAUUUAUAAGAACAAAAAAACACAAGAAGCUUGUAGAGAAAGUUUAGAAUUGUUUCGGUUGAAGUAUAUUGUUUGUAGAUCGAAUAAAACGUGUUUCGAGUAUAUGCGUGCUGAUGAGAUUUUGUUUGAUCCGAGAGCAAAACCAAGCUGUAUGAGUAAUGCAAAGAAAUUAGCGUUAAGUUUUCCUGAAGCUAGAUGACUUCAACAAAGAAUACAACCAGAUGUUGUUUUAAAUGUAACCCAUAGCAAAAUAAGUCACAGAGCGGAACAACGCAAACGUUGAAAAUUAUUUUUCUGACGGAGCAGAAAAUUGAGAGAAAGAUAAUCCUAGCAAGUAUGUUUGCACAACGAUGAGUGUAUGUGUUGUGGGUUCGAAAGCGAGACGUUUCCCAGUAGAAUCACUUCCUGCAGAGAUCAGAUUAAAGACCAUUAAUUGGAGCCGGGGCUGGUUCACGGCUGAAUAAAACCAAUCAGCUAGAAAUUAUUGAAGUGACUUGCUCUCGGUGCGAGGAUAAGCAACACGAUAGCAACCAUUAUUGAGGCAACCGUUUUAAUGGCUCUCCAAAGUGGUGUUGCUUAUGCACUAUUCCCCAUCGACAUCGCAAGGAUACAAUCUUGGCCCCGUUGGUUACGAGGAAACAUCUCAAUAAAUGCAUACCAUGGAAUCGAAUGGUAAGUGUGAUGAUGUGUGAACAGCCUCCGAGGUGCUGUCAUUAUAAAGAGUGGAAUAUGGAUCGGGUAGCUUCCAAUGGCGUUCGAUUUCCAGAUUUUUAAUUAAUUCUCUAUUGUGGGCCAUUCUCGUCGUGCUCAGUUGGAGAGCUGACAGGCGCUCCAUUGCACAACGAAUCAACCAAUUAGCCAGCAACGGGACAAUUAUGAUUCAAAAAACGCCACGAGCGAAGGCGACACUUGGAGGAAAUGGGCAAAAUUCGGGAAUAAACUUCACAGCUUAGCAGGAAGCACGAAUUCGAUCAGUGCAGCAGACAUACAUAGGUUCCACUGCUGUGGAAUUAAUUGAUUAUCAAUUUUUUUUGCUGGAACUCUCGUUCUCGCCCGUGAUGAUGGUAUUGCGAGCAAACGGAAGGGUUCCGAUAGAAUCGAUAUAGUUCGAAUGCAUAUAUUGCGGAAUUAUUACAAUUUUUUGUAUGAAAACAAAAUUUAAACAGAUACGAAUACACUACCGCACAUACAGUCAGCACAUAGUGAAGUUGUGGCGAAAUGAGCAAAAUAUCCAAGCGUGUAUAUAGAAAGACAAUGGAAAAUGACAGAAAUGUAAAUAAAACAUGUAAUAAACUAAUUGAGCAUAAAUAUAUAGGAUUUCAGUUGAAUAACAAUA